GCCCCGGCCACCGCUGGAGCGGCAGCGCGCCCCUCGCCGUGCCGGCCGUGGGCGGGGCGGCGGCUGAGCCCGGCAGCAGGAGCGGCUCUGCGGCACCCCGGGCGGGCGUGGGUGCGCCCGCGCCGCCGCGUUUGGGAAUUUACACAGAAGAGUGAUUUAAAAGUAGCUGAAUUUCUAGGAUUCAUUCUACUUAGGAAGAUGGCAUUUGUUUCAGAGAGCCCUGCAUUGCAGACAGUGAACAGUGGAUCCUACGUGUACUUUUGGAAAAAGGCUCACUGGAGGCUGGAAACCCCUCGCUGAAGCUGAGAACCAGGAAAAGAACAGUCAUUUGAAAUCUGAGUAGGCAACAAGCUGAAACAUGCGAUAGAGUGCACAUUCUAGAAGUGAUAAUAUUGAAAUGCAGAUUGGGCUCCUGGUUGGAGCUCCAGACAAGAGGCCAUGAAUUCCCAGCCUUUUGGAUAACAAAGGACAUGAAGACAGGUAACCGCAGCCCGGUGAACGGACAAUUGAGAGUAACAGCCGGUGACUGCCGACCUUUCGGAUAAGGCGACGCCAGUGCGAUGGAUGAACACGGAGCGGGGAGGCAGGAGAAGACGAGCAUGAAGAGCGGGACUGACGCCCUGGGGGAGACUCUGAGGGUAUAAAACCCCGGGGGUUCUUGGGCUUGAGGGGUUUGGACGUCUCUGGGUGCGCGCUGCUCUCCGCUGCCCACGCUGCGGAGCUAUAGCGUGUGGCUGCUGUAACGGGAAAAGGCGGCAGCGAGUCAGGGGCAAAGCUGGGGCUCAGGCCUUUGCGAACCGCCCGCUUGCCUCGGAGCCCCGGUCCCUCGUAAGCUCAGGGGCGCGGGGCAGAGCGCAGGCGGCGGAGGCCGCUCCUUGUGCCGGGCAGCGCGGCUCCCCGCGGCCGGAGCCGCCCUGCUCCCUGCGCGGCUCUCCCGCCCUUGCUUCCCUUUCAGUUUCGUUUUCGUUCUAACGCGGGCUGGCGCAGCGGGAAACGAAACUGGGCGGGGUCUGCGCAGCGCGCCGAGUCGGGUCGGGCCGGCUGCUGGAGCGUCCGCGGGUCCCGGAGCGUCGGCCGCGGCUCGGAGCAUCUAUUGAAGAUUGUGUCAAAAUGGAUCGUGAGUAUAUGAAGAAUAUCAACCAUUACUGUCAAGUGCGUAAACUGAGAGUGGAGUAUGACACCAUCAAUGUAACGGGCCCAGAUCAUGAUCCUGAGUUCACAGUUGUUGUCAAAAUAAGUGGUGAGGAAUAUGGUAGAGGCACUGGUAAAAGUAAAAAAGAAGCAAAAGCAGUAGCAGCAAAAGAAACAUGGGAAAUGAUUGAGAAACAGCUUAAGAGUCCCUCAAAUACGGCAGCUGCAGAGUUAACGACAACUCAAACAACCUCAACAACCUCAUCGCCUGCAACAGACAAUUAUAUCUGCCUAUUAAAUAGCUUUUCACAAAAGACAGGUUACAUAGUUGAUUAUCCUAACAGAACUUUUACUGGAGAUCCCCACGCUCCCACGUAUUCUAUUAGCUGUACUAUUAGUGGUUAUUUUUAUGGAAGGGGCACUGGACCUACCCUAGCUGCUGCAAAACAAGCUGCUGCAAAACAAGCAUAUGAGAAGAUGGAAACUGAAAGAGCUAAUGGCAGCUGUAGAUUUAGCAAAACCAGAAAUUCCUCUCAAGUGCCAGCUGAGUCUGACUCAGAUAAAAACAGCAUUUGCUUUGCUGACUCAUCUGCAAAGUUGGUAGAAAAAAUGGAAGACAUGGCAAUAUGUGAAAAGCCUUCACUUUCUCAGAGAAAUGCACAAAGUUCUGUUCGGAAGGCCAAAAGAAAGUUGGCACCUAAUUUUGCUAUUGUUAGAAACAAGGAAGAAGAAAACAAUACUUCAGAUUCAAAUGAAAGUUUGCCACAUGUUGGCACAAAUACCGGAGAAGAGAAUGGGAGUCCACACACUGUCAAUAAAACAUUUCUCGACCUUUUUGAAGAAAUAAAGCCCAUUGGUGAAGGUGGUUUUGGGAAUGUUUUCAAGGCAACAUCGAAGUGUGAUAGGAAAACCUAUGCAAUCAAACGAGUUGAAUUCACAGAGAAAGUAGACCGCGAAGCACGAGGACUGGCAAGACUUUCACAUGAGAACAUAGUGCGCUAUCAUAGCAGUUGGAAAGGGGAUGACCAUAUCAAGUACCCAGACUCAAGGCGGUAUUCAGAGAGAAUUCCCUGUCUUUUCAUUCAAAUGGAAUUCUGUGAACAAGGAACAUUGGAAGACUGGAUUGUAAAAACUUGCACACACCGAAAGUAUCAUGAAAUGGCACAAAACAAUUUUUUACAAAUAGUGAAAGGAGUGGAAUAUAUUCAUUCUGAAGAGUUAAUUCAUCGAGACCUCAAGCCUCAGAAUAUAUUCAUAUCACAUAAUAAUAAAAUAAAAAUAGGUGACUUCGGUCUUGUGACUUCUAUGGCAUUUGAGACUCUGACUGAGAACAGAGGAACAAAAUCGUAUAUGGCACCAGAACAGACUGGUGCCAGAUAUGGAAAGGAAGUAGAUAUUUAUGCAUUGGGAUUAAUUUGGUUUGAAAUUCUUUCGGCAAUCACCGGUCAUGAAAGAAGUAAGGUAUGGUCUUCUGCUAGAGAAGGUGAGCUUCCACAGUACUUCAUCAACCAAUUUCCAACAGAGGCAUCCAUAAUCAAAAAGAUGCUUUCAACACACCCUUCAGGAAGAAUCACUAUAUCUCAUUUACUUGACCUUCUUAAAUCUGUUGAUAAAGAGAAGGCACUUAGAAAUUAUUCCUGUUGACUGUCCUUUCACAAUGUGUUUAAAUCCAGAGUUUGAU